CCAGAAACUCCCGGUUUGGAUUAUUCCCACAGCUUCCUCUCUCCAGGAACCAACAUGAACGGCACCACGGACGGGACCUACGAGCGAGCUGCUCUCGACGGCUCCUUCAUGUUCACCUCAGAGUCUGUGGGAGAGGGACACCCCGAUAAGAUCUGUGACCAGAUCAGUGACGCGGUGCUGGACGCUCACCUGAAGCAGGACCCCGAUGCCAAGGUGGCCUGUGAGACGGUGUGUAAGACCGGCAUGGUGCUGCUCUGUGGCGAGAUCACGUCCAGAGCCAACGUGGACUACCAGAAGGUGGUGAGGGACACCAUCCGGGACAUCGGAUACGACAACUCGGACAAGGGCUUUGAUUAUAAGACCUGUAACCUGCUGGUGGCCCUGGAGCAGCAGUCUCCUGACAUCGCACAGGGAGUCCACAUCGAUCGUCUGGAGAGCGACAUCGGAGCCGGAGACCAGGGUCUGAUGUUCGGUUACGCCACGGAUGAGACGGAGGAGUGCAUGCCCCUCACCGUCGUCCUGGCGCACAGACUCAACGCCAAGAUGGCCGAGCUCAGACGCAACGGGUCGGUUCCCUGGCUGCGCCCGGACUCCAAGACGCAGGUGACGGUUCACUACAGCCAGGAGAACGGCGCCGUGGUCCCCAGGAGGGUCCACACCGUGGUGGUCUCGGUGCAGCACGACGACGAGGUGAGCCUUGAGGAGCAGAAGGAGGUCCUGAGGGAGAAGGUCAUCAAGGCGGUGGUCCCCGCCAGGUACCUGGACGCCGACACCGUGUACCACCUGCAGCCCAGCGGACGCUUCGUCAUCGGCGGGCCGCAGGGGGACGCCGGAGUGACGGGCAGGAAGAUCAUCGUGGACACGUACGGAGGCUGGGGGGCGCACGGCGGGGGGGCUUUCUCUGGGAAGGACUACACCAAGGUGGACCGGUCGGCCGCCUACGCCGCGCGCUGGGUGGCCAAGUCUCUGGUGAAGGCCGGGCUGUGCAGGAGGGUCCUGGUGCAGGUGUCCUACGCCAUCGGGGUCGCCCACCCGAUCUCCAUCUCCCUCUUCACCUACGGCUCCUCCCAGCAGAGCGAGAAGGAGCUGCUGCAGGUCGUCAACAAGAACUUCGACCUCAGACCCGGCGUCAUCGUCAGGGACCUGGACCUGAAGAGACCCAUCUACCAGAAGACGGCCUGCUACGGUCACUUUGGCAGGAAGGAGUUUCCCUGGGAGGUCCCGAAGAACCUCAACUUCUAAAGUAUCUGUGUAGUAGAUACACAGAGUAAUUGAGAGAUGGGGGACGGAUAGCCGGGGCGGGUGCAGAUACUUGCUGCCGAUUGGACGAUAGGAGAACGUUUCAUCGUCACGAGUCAGCUGUUUGGGUCACAUGACAGCAGCAGGUUUCACAGUGAAACAUUUGGUGUUUUUACAUUUCUGUCGUGCUGCAGGUUUUAGUGUCUCAGGAUGAAACAUCUCCUUUGUUCCUCAGCACCAAACUAUUUUAGUUAUGAAUAAUGAACGUGAUGAAAGACCUUUAGAGUCUUGAUCUACAUUAAAAAAACAAAGGUAUACAGCAGAUUUACCAAAGAAGGUAUAAAUUCUUUGCCUCAUGCAGCUUAAAAUUUACGCUCAUGUUCAUUUUAGUGUUUUAAAUUUAGUGUUCUGACCCUAUGAGAAAGUCUACAGGUAUACUAAAUAAAAGUAGUCAGUCUCUCUUAGGAUUUGACUUGAAUGUAAAUUAAAGACCCAACAACACUUGAAAGAAAAGAAUAAAUAUGAAAUAUUAAAAUACUGUUGAAGAGGUUUCAAAUAUUAGCGACUAAUUAAUGGGGAAAUAAUCCUGAAAGCUUCUUAAUGUUGAUUAUGUACAAUGAAUAGCUGCAUUUUUUAGUAUCGAACCUAAAGUCUUACAAGUUUUUAGAAUUUUGUUAUGAAAUCAAUGCACAUUUCAUGUCACGGUUUGGGUGUGCUUCUUGUCUUAGUUUGUAGUGUUCCUGGGUAACUUCACUUCCUGCCUUGUCCUGUGAUUGUCUGCCGUGCCUGAUCCUUUCCACCUGUGUCCAAUCACCUGCACCUUGUGUAUUUAAGCCUGUGAGUCUCUGGUCUUGUGUGGCGUCAUUACAUGUCGACCGUUCAUGUGUCAAGUAAGUCUAUUCGUGUUUUCAAGUCCAGGUCCCUGUUUUUGUCUGUUUUGUUUUUGCCUCCUUCCGGUCCUUUUUUCGGUUGGAGUGAUUUUGAUUUCAAGUUUUUGACUAUUAAAGUCCUUUUAUUUUUCAACACUA